AAAUCAUAUCUUUAAAUGACAUUUCUCUCCUCAAAUGUCAAAACUGUGACGAAAUUGACGCCGGAAUCUGAAGCAAAGUUCCGGUGAAAAAAGCGGUGCGUAUAAUGCUCAAAGCCGUACAGAUCUUGGGUUGGUCAACAGCAGGGUUAACCAUCAUCUCACAGAGACUGACCAAGACCCGCAACUCCACCUCUUCCACCGUCUCUUUCCUCUCCACAUCUACAAACCCUAGAAAGCUCUCAACUUUCUCCUCCUCUCCAAGGAAAACACUCCGUUUCAACCCGACCCGAAUGUCUUCCUCACUUCCCGGAUCCGACCCAGUUCCCAAGUCUCCAACUUUCGUCUCUGUUCAAUCAGCUGGAGAUGUUCGUAAGAUAAAGUUCUGUCAAUGGUGUGGAGGCCCUACCAAGCACGAGAUACCUGACGGAGAAGAGAAGCUCCGAGCUAUCUGCACACACUGCGACAAAAUCGCUUACCAGAAUCCUAAGAUGGUUGUAGGUUGUCUUAUUGAGCAUGAAGGAAAGGUUUUACUUUGUAAACGUAACAUUCAACCUUCACACGGUCUAUGGACUCUUCCUGCGGGUUAUCUAGAGGUUGGAGAGUCAGCUGCUGAAGGAGCAAUGAGGGAAACUUGGGAAGAAGCUGGAGCCACUGUGGAAGUUGUUUCGCCUUUUGCGCAGCUCGAUAUUCCUCUUAUUGGCCAAACGUAUGUUAUAUUCUUAGCAAAGCUGAAGAAUCUUGAUUUUGCGCCUGGUCCUGAGUCAUUGGAGUGCCGUCUUUUUGCUUUAGACGAGAUACCCUUUGAUUCCUUGGCGUUUUCAUCUAUAUAUGUUACCUUAAAUCUGUAUUUGGAAGAUCUUAAAAAGGGGAAAAUAAAGUUUCACUACGGUACUAUAAACAAAAGUUUUUUUUGCUUUUCUCAGGCCUGGAAGUAGUCCUUCAGAUAUUCGAGCCUUUAGUCUUGAUUACCAUUUGCAGCCAUGAAUGGAGGUUUCUACUGUCCUUCCUUCCUCUCUAAUUUAUUAUGUAUUCGGUGUAAUAAACUUCGUCAUAUGAUGAGUCCUUUUUAGGAGUAUAGUCCUCUUGAUCAUGAUGGAGAGUUUGUCUUUAAUGUGAGAGAGUUGCUUCACAGCUUCUGGAUUCGCUGUCAUUCUUCCAUGUCGUGUGUUUUCACUUCGCAUCUCAUUGUUGACUAAAUGAAAGGAAGAAUGAGAGAUUCCUUGGAGCAGGAAAUGUUAAGGCUGUACAAAAAGAGUUUCUAUUUCUGGUUUCAGUUGUUGCCCGAACUGUAAAAGGAAAACUUCAGAUGUGAAAUGCAAAACAUUUUGAUCAA